UGCAGCCCAGGCAGUCAACUCCCAGAGAUCUAAAGGCUAGAGACACAGAUACACAGGUAUAAAAGAACCACAGACUAAACCCAGAGUCUCAUACAGAGACCAAGACAUGAUGAAGCUGCUACUGCUGGCUUUGGCUUUGGGGUGUACAGCGGCUGUUCCAGUGAAGCAGGAUGGAGCGUUGUUGCAUGAAGUUUUCCAACCCCACUCCAGACCCUGGCAGGUCUACACUAAGGGGGGCUGGUAUCGGGAGGGAAGGUGCAGUGGUGCCCUCAUCAAUGAGUGGUGGGUGCUUACCGCUUGGAACUUUGUCGAACCUGGCCACACUAUGGUUUCUCUGGGGGAGCAUGACCUGACAGUGGAGGAAGGGACAGAGCAACACAUCUGGGUGGCCAGAUAUGUGCAGCAYGGGCCRUAMGCACGAGGYCCCUCWCACAGCCUGGCAAUGGUGAAGCUGUCAGAGCCUGCCCGGUUCACUCAGCAUGUCAUGCCCGUAGCCMUACCCACACGCUGCACUCAGCUCCAUGAGAAGUGUUUGGUCAGCGGCUGGGGCUCCACCGUACCGGGACAGGGKGAGUGGACCAUAAAGCCAGGGGAGGGCUAUAUGCCUCAACCCAAUUUAAUGGAAUAUAAGCACCAAAUAAACUCCCAUGAGUCCCUAUGUCUGUCCCUCCAUACAGACGAGCCCAAACUAAUCCUGAAGUGUGAAACACAGCGGGUCAUUGAUGACAAGAUGUGCCAGAYAGCCUUUCCUCUUUAUUGGAUUGAACAUGCAUUCUGUGCUAAAACCAUAAUCUCAACAGACAACUGCCUGUCUGACCAGGGCAGUACUGUGGUGUGUGGGGGUGAGCUACAGGGGUUGUUCUGGUCCAGUUCUUCUGACGUUGGUUUGUACACCCGCCUGUGCCUGUACCUUGACUGGAUCAGUGACACCAUGAACACCCCUGAUCCUACACCUGAACCUGCGUGGACCACCGCAGCAGCAGCUACAACAUGGUGAUUGAAAAGAAAAACAAAGUGAUAUGUACUGAAA